AUGGCUACACAAACCGUUGAGAGUAGUUCUAGAUCUGGUCCAAGACGAACUGUUGUAGGGGAUUUUUUGAAACCAUUGAAUUCGGAAUAUGGUAAAGUAGCCCCUGGAUGGGGAACGACUCCUUUGAUGGGUGUCGCAAUGGCUUUAUUUGCGAUAUUCUUAUCUAUUAUUUUGGAGAUUUAUAAUUCUUCCGUUUUACUGGAUGGAAUUUCAAUGAAUUAG